UCAUUUCCGGUUCGUCUCACGUGAAUGGAGAAACAGAAACUUGCGGCUGGAUGUUUAGAAGAAAAUUCCCGAAGCAGAAGUCUGUUUCAUAUAAAGUGCAAACCGUACAAGUCCACUAACUUAUAUCUUUGACCCUAAAUAACGACACAUUGAUGUUAAACCAUUGUCCUAAAGCAGUCAUUACAGAUUCUGUACCAUGACAAAUGGAGCAUUUCCACUUAAGAUUGUGAAAGCUGAUCUGAGAUCAGCAUCUGAAAGACUGAGUGGAAACAUAAAGUCCCAUGACAACAAGGAAACUGAGUCUGACGCCGCAGACUAGGUUCUUGCAACAUAUAAACCUCAACACGACCGUCCACUAUGUUUUCUGCCCGUAUUGUUGUAUUAUACGGCUUACUAAGUAUUUGUUACACAAAUGAGAGUAAAAUAAAAAACGCACAGAGACCGUUGCGUCUGUUCACCGAGGAGGAGUUGCAAAGAUACGAUGGGACUGAGGACGGAAAACCAAUUUACAUGGCCAUUAAAGGUGUAUGGAAAAGGUUAGAUAUUGUAUACAUCAUAACGUUCUCCAGUCCUUUUUGUGCUGGUGUUAGCUAUUUAUGUGGAAAUCCUGUUGUGUUUCUUUCAUUUUCAGAGUUUUACAGAAAGGGAGCAGCCUAUAAUGCCCUUGUGGGUAAAGACUCAACCAGAGCUGUGGCCAAAAUGUCCCUUGAGCCAGCAGAUCUCACACAUGACACUACGGGCCUCACUGAGAGUCAACUACAGUCUCUUGAGCAGAUAUUCAAAGGCACAUACAAAGCAAAGUACCCCAUCGUGGGAUACACCAGCAGACGUGUUCUCAAUGAGGACGGCAGCCCCAAUAUAGACUUCAAACCUGAAGACCAACCCAAUUUCACCAUUAAGGAUGAAAUUUGAUAAUAAUUGUCUUAUAAUAAAGCUAUCAAGAAGUCCAAUCA